AUGGACCAGUUCGACCUGGAACACUCUGGAAGCAAGACAUUUGCCAUCCCACUUAUUCGCAUGCGCGGCAGCAAAACAACCCAAAACCUCCUUCUAAACCCCGGUCGCACUGACCCCGUGUGCCCGGUGGUAGCUGCCCGCUCGGCGAACGAGGCAUUCGAGGGAUCGCAGGUCGUCGAGGUCCACGGUUAUGGGCAUUGCUCUGUUGCAGUACCGUCGGUUUGCAUUGCGAAACAUGUGCGAGCGUUGUUGUACGAGGGCACAUUGCCCGACAGCUACGCGCAAUGCGAGGUGGAUUCCUCCUACUUCGGGACAAUGUCGGCUCACAGAUACUUUGAGGACGCGGAGGAGACCAAAAUCCACUUAGCGCAGGCGCAGCUAGCGAAAGACUGGGAAUAUUUGCACCAGUCAGGUUAG